AUGAGGUGCCUGCCGUUCCUGCACGGGGACGGCAAGUCAAGGGACGACGACCAGCGCACGGGCCCCAGCGCCGCCAUGUCGGCCUCCGUGCGCUCCUUCAGCACCGAGUCCACGGAGCGCGGCGGCGACCCGCGCUCCGGCUCCGACCUCAACUCCAUCAACGUGUCCGACAUGAGCGCCGAGUCCAUCCGCCGGACGCAGUACCCCAGCUUCACCGACCGCCCCGCCAACCUCCGGGUCUUCACCUUCCCCGAGCUCAAGGCCGCCACCCGCAACUUCAGCCGCUCCCUCAUGGUCGGCGAGGGCGGCUUCGGCUGCGUCUACCGGGGCGUCAUCAAGGGCUCCGACGACCCCACCGAGCGCGUCGAGAUCGCCGUCAAGCAGUUGAACCGCAAGGGGGUCCAGGGGCAGAAGGAAUGGCUAACAGAAAUGAACGUGCUUGGGAUUGUUGAGCACCCAAACCUUGUCAAACUAAUAGGUUACUGCGCGGACGACGAUGAGCGGGGAAUGCAGCGGCUUCUGGUAUACGAAUACAUGCCCAACGGAAGCGUGGAUGACCACUUGGCAAGUAGGUCAACUUCAACUCUGUCAUGGCCAAUGAGAUUGAAAGUGGCUCUCGAUGCUGCCCGUGGGCUGAAGUAUCUGCAUGAGGAGAUGGACUUUCAGGUUAUUUUCCGAGACCUGAAAACAUCUAACAUUCUAUUAGAUGAGAACUGGAAUGCAAAGUUAUCGGACUUUGGGUUGGCUAGGCAUGGACCACAAGAAGGGCUAUCCCAUGUCUCCACAGCGGUUGUUGGAACUCUAGGAUACGCCGCGCCGGAGUACAUGCAAACCGGGCGCCUCACCGCAAAAAGUGACAUAUGGGGCUACGGCGUGCUCCUCUACGAGCUUAUCACCGGCCGCCGUCCCAUCGACCGGAACCGCCCAAAGGGCGAGCAGAAGCUCCUGGACUGGGUGAAACCGUACAUCUCUGACAUCAAGCGGUUCCCCAUCAUCGUCGACCCGCGGCUCGAGGGACACUACAACCUCAAGUCCAUGACGAGGCUGGCCGGCGUGGCGAACCGCUGCCUCCUCCGGCUAUCCAAGUCGCGCCCGAAGAUGAGCGAGGUGUAUGAAAUGGUGCAGAAGAUCGUCGACAGUGUCGAGGUCGGCCCGCCGGAGCCUCCACUGCAUUACCAUGGCUCGGUGUCCGGACCGGGAGCGAAGCGGACCAAGAAAGGGUCAUUGAAGAGGAGGCUUCAGGAAUUCAAGUUCGGUUGCCGCCAGAUCGUGUGGCGGGGUUGGAAACCUGAGAUCAUUAAGACCUGCUGA